CGGUUGUGUAUAGGUUCAAAAAGGACAAUGAGAUAGCAAAAGAUGCAUUUGAGAAGGCCUCGAAAGGACAAGAAAUGAUCUCCUCACCAUGGGAUGCCGCUAAGCAUAUGGAAUCUGCUGCUGCUUUAGCAAAGGAGCUUGGACGCUGGAAUGAAGUAUCUGAUUUCUAUCGCAGAACUUCAGAAUUAUACCGUGAAUGUGGAAGGGACCAACCUGCAUCUAAUGCUAUAAGUGCCAGUGCCUUGGAGGAGAAAUCUCCUGAAGAAGCUAUUAAAAUGUGUGAUGAGGCUUGCACAAUUCUAAAAGAAGAUGGGAAGGAACAGAUGGCUUUUGAUUUGUAUCGUGCUGCUGCAGCUUUGUACAUUAAGAUGGAGAAGUAUUCAGAUGCUGCUGCUUUCUUUCUAAGACUUGGUUCUGCUGUCCAUAAGUGCAAUGCCAUGAACAGCCAAUGCAAGGCUUAUCUGAGUGCAAUCAUCAUCUACCUUUACGCGCAUAUUUUUCAGCAAGCUCAGAAAUGCUACAAUGAUUUGCAGGUUCAAGCCUUCUUCAAUAGCAAUCAGAACCGAUGUGCAACGAAACUAUUAUCUGCCUAUGAGGAAGGUGAUGCUGAAGAAAUCAAACGUAUUGGUCAAUCAAGUGCCUUCAAUCACCUUGACCAUGUGGUGCUUAGGCUCGCAAGGAAGCUACCAACAGGUGAUCUGCAGGCCAUAAAGAGAGCAGCUGAUGAUGGCGAGGACUCCUUGGAGAGGAUGACCUAACUUAAAACGAACUUCCA